AUGGAGCACUCAUUAUUCACACCACUUAGCUCUAAAAUUGGGCACAAACUGAUCUGCAACAAGAACGAGAAACCACCCAAAUCCAAAACAAUAGUGUUAGAUCUGGAGAACACGCUGGUAUAUUCAAGCUCCACUCUGAUUCCCCACUAUGACUACACAAUCUCUGUUCGAGGCCAUCAAGAACACUCAACCCCAAGUACCAUCACAUUCUACGUACAGAAAAGACCAGCAUUGGACUUUCUAAUGGCAGAACUGGUAAGAAAUAAGUACGAGAUAAUAAUCUUCACCUCAGCCACCAAAGAAUACGCAGACGCCAUUCUGGACAAGCUACAAGUACAUAAUCACAAAGCUCCCCACAUAGACAUCCGUCUCUACAGAGACUCCUGUCUUUCAAACAAAGAUGGGUACGUGAAAGACAUUACAGGGCUCGGAAAAGACCUAAAAAACAUCAUGAUUGUGGACGAUAAUGCAGCGAGCUAUAAACUCCAGCCAGAAAACGCCUUUCCAGUGAAGCCCUUUUGUGGGGAUCUGAAUGACCGAGAACUUUGCCGCGUAAUAGACUUUUCCAUGAUUGCGGCAGCGUCUUCUGAUGUGAGAGAGACGAUAAGAAUAUAUUUGGCCAUGAGUGGUAGUAAUAAUUUGGAGUACGAGUUUUUGCGUGGACGGCAACGUGAAUUGCAGACAAUAGUGCCGGAAAAGAAGAUAAUAGUUUUGGAGUUAAUGGAUACUUUGGUGAAGAGAAGCAAGGAAGUUAUGCAAUGUGGGCAUGAUUUCACUGUUCCAGUUCGUAUAAAUGGUGAGCUUUGCAUGACUUAUAUUCAGAAGAGGCCUGGUCUGGAUAAUCUUUUGGCUGAGCUGGAGCAAAACUAUGAGAUUGUUCUUUAUACUCGUUAUACUCGUGAACAGGCUGAUCCUGUUCUUGAUAAGCUUGACAUUGGUUUUUACCUCAACCGGCGGCUCUACAGGGACAAUUGCCAAGGUUCUGGACUGUGUAAGGAUAUUGGGGUUCUGAAUAAGGAUUUGAACUUGGAUGCCAAUGUGAAGAAUGUUGUGUUUGUGGACUGUGAUGCUUCUGCAUUCCAACACCACCCUUAUAAUGGGUUCCUGCUCAAUCCCUUCCAGGAUGAUAAUCCUUUGGAUAUUGAGCUUUGUAAGCUUAAGGGGUUCUGUAAAUGGGCUUAUUUGUAUGACGAUGUGAGGGAAGCCAUUGUCAACUUUAAUAGGAAUGGAGCCAGGAGGCGCGUGUCCUACUUCCGUUAG